GCCCGCCGGGGGAGUGGGGCAUCCCGGGGCAACCGAGAAGCGUGGAGCCCGCGGGGGACGCCGGCUGCACCGCAGCGCCCGCCCUCUGAGCUGCGUGGGCAAGGAGGGCGGUGGGGCUCCGGGACACCCCGAGGGCAGGGCGCCCCGACUUCUCCCGGGGAGCCCCAACCCGGGGGAGCGUCUAGAACGAGCGUGCCCCAGCCGCUCCGAACCUGGCGCUCAUCCCCCGCGUACCCCACUGCUACACAAACUUUUCUGACGCCCUCACCCGCGGGGGUCGCGGGGAGCGCGGGUCUGCCCGCUGGGCUCCCGCCCCGCCGGACCCCAGCCACGCUGACCUCCCGCCUCUCUAGCCUCAGUGGCGACCUCUCCAGGCCGGGCCGGGCACGGCGCUCGAGGCGAGCGCGGCAAGCUCCGCGGCUCUCCGGAGGCUCCCGCGCCCCCCGGGGCAGCUGGGCGGGGUAAUGCCCUCGGUGAUGGAGAAGCCGAGCGCGGGCUCCGGAAUCCUAUCCCGCAGCCGGGCCAAGACGGCGCCCAACGGCGGCCAGCCCCACUCGGAGGAUGACAGCAGCGAGGAGGAGCACUCGCACGACAGCAUGAUCCGCGUUGGAACCAAUUACCAGGCCGUAAUUCCGGAGUGCAAGCCUGAGAGCCCUGCCCGCUACAGCAACAAGGAGCUGAAAGGGAUGCUGGUGUGGUCGCCCAACCACUGUGUGUCUGAUGCCAAGCUUGACAAGUACAUAGCGAUGGCCAAGGAGAAGCACGGCUACAACAUUGAGCAGGCGCUGGGCAUGCUCCUGUGGCAUAAGCAUGACGUGGAGAAGUCACUGGCCGACCUGGCCAACUUCACCCCGUUUCCGGACGAGUGGACGGUGGAGGACAAGGUGCUGUUUGAACAGGCCUUUGGCUUCCACGGCAAGUGCUUCCAGCGGAUCCAACAGAUGCUGCCUGACAAGCUGAUCCCCAGCCUGGUGAAGUAUUACUACUCUUGGAAGAAGACCCGUAGCCGGACCAGUGUCAUGGACAGACAGGCCCGGCGGCUGGGGGGCCGGAAGGACAAAGAAGACAGGUGGAGCGAUGAGCUUGAAGAGGGACGAGGAACUGUGAGUGAGGGUGAGCCAGAUGCUGGAGACCCCAAAAGAGAGCCUCUGCCCUCCUCUCGGCCCCUGAACGCCCGCCCAGGCCCUGGGAAGAAGGAGGCCCAAGGGUCUCAGUACCGCCACCACCCCCUGCGUACGCGACGGCGCCCACCCAAGGGCAUGUACCUGAGCCCCGAGGGCCUCACCGCUGUAUCCGGAAGCCCGGACCUGGCCAACCUCACACUUCGAGGCCUUGACUCUCAGCUCAUCUCCCUGAAGCGUCAGGUGCAGAGCAUGAAGCAGACCAAUAGCAGCCUCCGUCAAGCCCUGGAGGGCGGCAUCGACCCUCUGCGCCCCCCAGAGGCCAAUACCAAGUUCAAUUCCCGCUGGACCACGGAUGAGCAGCUUUUGGCUGUGCAAGCCAUCCGUAGGUAUGGCAAAGACUUUGGGGCUAUUGCAGAGGUGAUUGGGAACAAGACUCUGACCCAGGUGAAGACCUUCUUUGUAAGCUACCGGCGUCGCUUCAACCUGGAAGAGGUGCUGCAGGAAUGGGAGGCCGAACAGGAUGGGGCUCCUGGAGCCCCGGUUCCCAUGGAGGAAGCUAGGAGAGGGGCUCCCUUGCCACCCCCAGCCUCAGAGGAAGAUGAUGAGGUCCAGAUAACUUCUGUCUCAACAUCGGUGCCCCGAGCAGCGCCCCCCGUGCCGCCGCCGCCUCCACCUCCUGCUUCGCUGUCCCAGCCCCCCCCUCUGCUGAGGCCACCUCUGCCCACAGCACCCACUCUGCUUCGACAGCCGCCCCCACUGCAGCAGGGCCGCUUCCUCCAGCCUCGGCUGGCCCCCAACCAGCCGCCGCCCCCCCUCAUCCGCCCAGCUCUGGCUGCCUCCCGCCACAGUGCCCGCCCUGGCCCUCAGCCCCCACCCACCCUGAUGGGUGCUUCUCUGGAGCCUCCAGCACCCUCACUCUGAGCCCUGAAGCUCCAGAAACCCUUUGCUGCAUGUCCUCAGGCGCCUCUGGCUUCAGGACAGAAGGAACUAAAGCUCUUGCCAUGUCUUCGAAGACUUGGAGCUGCUGACGGGCACAGCCUGGACCUGUGGGCUGUUUCUGGCAGCUGAGCCCACCUCCACCCCACCCCAGCCAGGGGCUGGGACUUGGGGGCCUCUGGGCCAGCCCAAGGGUACUCUCUCCCUGGCCUGGAAGGAACGGCUGCCCCCCUCCCGCCCCAGUCUGCUGGGGCUUGGCCUCAGGCCCUUGCUGGAGGUCAGGGCCUUCGCGUAGAGGAGUAGUGACUGUAG